CAUAGAUUUGUAUGGGUGAUAACAUAUGGUCCUUAGGGUUUUUGCCCCUGCAAGUUUCUCUCUCUCCACAGUUCUUUUCCUGAACAGUUAUUUGGUUCUCUAUCCAAAACAUUUCAAACUUGGAGAUCAAGACUGCUUCACCUGAUUCUUCUAGGAAGAGAAACCUCUCUCUCUCUCUCUCUCUCUCUCAAACUCUGUGUUAUUAGAAAAACCUGCUGCCCUAAAGGAAAGCCCUCUUUCUCUCUCUAGUCUGAUGUUACCAGAAGGAGGCUCCCCACCUUAGUCAUGCCUUUGUCUCGUAGCCUCGUGUGCGCCUCUUCAACUGCUAUUCGCCUAUGUUUUCGGAGCCGAUCAAGAGAUGGAGUUCGAAUCGUUAACAUGCAUUGCUCUUUUUGGAACUUCCAGUCUUGUGGAUAUUCAACAUCUCAUAAUUUCAGGAGGGAAAAGCCAAAGCAGCUAAAUCCUUUACCAGAUAAAUCGCAUUCUCGUUCAUGGAGUGAUUACAUAGUGCCAGUGGCAUUUCUAAUGGUUGCUGGAGCAGGUGUAGCAAUUCACUAUAAUGAUGAGAGGAGAGCAACUCCAAAAGGUGCUGGAGGUGCAGCAAAAACAAUUAGCAGGCCUGCGGUCGGAGGCCCUUUUAAGCUUGUCAAUACAAAUAACCAAAUCGUAACUGACCGUGAUUUCAGAGGGAAUUGGACCCUCCUAUACUUUGGAUACACAUCAUCUCCUGAUGUUGAUCCUAUGGAAAUUCAGAAGAUGGUUCGGGCUAUCGAUGUGCUAGAAAAAGAACAUAAUAUGAAGGUAAAUCUAGUUUUUAUAACCCUCGAUCCUGAGCGAGACUCCCCUUGGCAUUUGCGAGCUUACCUCAAAGAGUUUGAUCCCAAGAUAGUAGGAUUGACGGGACCCAUUGAUGCGAUAAGGCAGGUGGCACAUGAGUACCGUGUUUUUUUUAAGCGGGUGGGAGAAGAUAAUCAAGAUUACCUUGUUGAAUCUUCACACAACCUGUACCUGAUGGACCCAAACAUGGAACCUGUGAAAUUAUUUGGGGUGGAAUACGAUGCUGAGCAGUUAUGUUAUGAUAUACUACAAGGGAUCAAGAGUGUCUCCGGAUCAUGUGCGAAAUGAGGCCAUGCAUCGAUUCGCUCUCAGAAAUGGGCUCACUUUUGGUGAGAAAGUAGGGGGGUUGUGGUGAUUUAUUUGCAUGGCCCAAUGCCAAGCUUUAAAGCAGGGGCUGUGUAAUCCAAGGAUGCACGUAGGGUUUGCCUUGCCGCCCCAGCAAACUCCAUCUCUUUGCCACCUUCGCCAAUUGGUUGGUCAAAAACACUUUUGCUUUGCGCACCAUCUUUCCCUCACUACAAGUACUGUAUACGCCACACACACAAAGAGAGUAUGCAUUCAACAUACUUUAUGCAUUCAUUAUGCUUUUGCAGAUAGAGAAGAGAGAUGGCUUCCCAGUCUUUAAUGGAGACAGGAAGUUUGGAAUAUCAGGGAUGCCUAAUUUGCUUAUAUAAGUGUUUAAAAAAGGAAUGAACCGGACGGAACCAGCUGGUUCACAUUGGUAAAUGAUGGGACCGGUUUGGUUUUGCUGAAAUAUUAGGUACCUGUUAGUUCUUGUUGGGAACCGGUUGGUUCUCUUUUUCCACCUGUCUUUUUUAAUAUUCUCUCAAUAAUUCUUUUUAAUUUUUUAUUGGUCGAUACACUCGGCCGGAUUUCCAUUCUGAACCUGUUUUUUGGAUGGGCGAUUUGGGUCGUGGAUGUAUUUUUAGACCUUGGUUUAGAUAGUGAGGACAAAUCUGCUUUUACUUUUGA